GUGGGCGGUGACAAGACUGUCUGGAGGAGGAGGCUGAGGAAAAGGAGAGACCAUAGACUUCCACCUCGGUCUAGAGCGCCCUUUAAAGUGUUUGGGAGAGGAGGGCGGGCGGGGACCACCCCGAACUGGCCGCCGGCGGUAUCAUGGCGUCCCGGAACCCCCCUCCCCAAGACUAUGAAAGCGAUGACGAGUCUUACGAAGUGUUGGAUUUAACUGAGUAUGCAAGAAGACACCACUGGUGGAAUCGAGUAUUUGGCCACAGCUCGGGACCUAUGGUAGAAAAAUACUCAGUAGCUACCCAGAUUGUAAUGGGUGGUGUGACUGGCUGGUGUGCAGGAUUUUUAUUCCAGAAGGUUGGAAAACUUGCAGCAACUGCCGUAGGUGGUGGCUUUCUUCUCCUACAGGUUGCCAGUCACAGUGGUUAUGUGCAGAUUGACUGGAAGAGAGUUGAAAAAGAUGUUAACAAAGCAAAAAGGCAGAUUAAGAAACGAGCAAAUAAAGCAGCACCCGAAAUCAACAAUAUAAUUGAAGAAGCAACAGAAUUUAUCAAGCAGAACAUUGUGAUAUCCAGUGGCUUUGUGGGAGGCUUUUUGCUAGGCCUUGCAUCUUAAGGACUCGAAAGUUCUAUCUUAGUGGAUCCAACAGUGAGAAGAGAAUUUGUGGCAGCAGGGCGAUCUCUCAAUGGCACAUGACCCCAGAAUCUCCAGAGAAAGGAACAACCAGCUAGACAAUUGCAAAUGCAACAGCUUAGCUUUUGCCACUUGAAGCUUGACAAGCUAAUAGCUGCUGUAAGACAACCUGUGUGGUAUGUAAUAAUAGUAUUCUUGAACAAAUUAUGGCUUUUUCCAAUUUUUUAAUUUACAUUUGUUUAGAAACUAGUCUAUGAAUAUUGUCAUUGGAUAUAUGGAGACAGACAAAAAGCUAUUAUAUGUACUGUCUGAUAAAAUAUUACCCUGUCUUAUUUUAAAAGUUCUUUGUGCUGUUUUAAAAUAUAUAUUGGCACUAUAUUGGCUGUAUAGUGCCAAUAAUGUUUAAAAAAAUGUCUUACAGCUUCAAUAUUAUGGCUGACUUUUAAAAAAUGUGUUUGCAAUAAACUGAAAAAUUGUGUUACCCCUUUGUGGAAGGCUGUAGAAACAAUAGAAUUAUUAAGUUAUUAAACUCUUCUGAUGUAUCAAUCUUUUUUUCCUCAUGUUUCUUAUUUUGCUUAUGUAGUAUGUUUUACAUUAAAGGCUUUUGUAAAGAAAUACUA